AUGGACUCCGACGGAACAGCACGAGGCGCUUGGGUCAAACUUGAGAAAAUUUAUUUAGGCAACAAAAAGGUGCGCGCGGCUGCUUUGGAAACCAAAUUUGUAAACCUUACCCUCGCCGCGUGUUCCUCGCUUGAUGAUUAUUGCCAGAAACUUAAGGAACUUGCAAAUCAAUUGGUAGAUGUUGACCACCCAAUAACCGAAUCCCGUCUUGUUCUUCAGCUAGUACGCGGAUUACCGGCUGAGUUUGACACCACUGCAUCCCUAAUUAAUUCAAGCAACGCAGAUUGGGAUCUAGCAUUAAGCAUGCUGAACGAUGAAGCUAUUCGAAUCGAGGGUCGUCAAAAAGCAACCACCUCGGUUCUCGCUGCACCCACUGCACAGCGGCAACCUCCCACCACUCAACAACCGACUUCCCAGAACCCAUCCUAUGGUGGGCAGCAACCCUUUCGAGGGAAAGGUUGCGGACGCGGCAACUUUAAUCAAAACAGCCGAGGAGGACGUGGACGAGGUGCUGGACGCUCACCAGGCCCACCGGCAUACUUCACACAGGCCGGCCCAUCAGCUCCGCCACCUCCGGGUUAUAAUGCACUGAACCCAGCUGAUCUCCAGGCUGCCUUCUCAGCUAUGAAUCUCCAUCAGCAACAACAGGAUCCCGGUCUAAUGGAUACUGGAGCGGGCUCUCACGUCACCUUGGAUUCAGGAUCUCAAAACUGGACGCCACCUUUCCCGCCACAAUAG